CCUUGAGCUGUGAUCUCUUGUGGGGCGAGCGUUCGCCAACUCUAGAGAGAGGCAGAACACCCAUAAUUAUGUUCAAACAGAACAGUGACGUGAAGGAGAAGAUUGUGGAUGGGAAAUCAGGUACAUUGUGUAUAUAUGAUGACAACAUUGUCUUCUCUCCUCCAUUGUAUCUUCAGCGCUACCAGAAAGUUAAGGAGAAAAUUGCUUCUGUUAGCAAAGGAACAUUUACUAAGGUAGUGGACUUGGGAUGUGCGGAAUUUAAAUUCUUUAGGUACUUGCAAAGUGUACCUGGAGUACAGGAAGUUGUAUUACUUGAUAAAGAUCAUCAAAUAUUGAAGGAUAAUGAGUUCCGCAUCAAUCCUUUGGCAGCUGAUUUCUUAAUAUUGCGUGACCUCCCCCUUAAUGUAAAGGUUGUCUGUGGAGAUGCGAGAAAAUAUGAUCCUGUUCUAUCCGGGACUCAGGUUGUCACCAUGAUUGAACUUAUUGAGCAUGUGCAAAUAUCAGAGCUGCAUGCAUUAGUCAAGUGUGUGUUCCAAGAUGUAAGACCAAAACUGAUAAUCAUAACCACUCCCAAUGCUGACUUCAAUAAAUAUUUUCCUGGCCAUAUGCCAGGUUCAUUCAGACAUUGGGAUCACAAAUUUGAAUGGACUGCAGAGGAAUUUCGUCAGUGGUGCCAGGAAAUUAUAGAAGACAAUAGCAGUUAUUAUCUGGAAUAUUCUGGAUGUGGAUUGGGACCUGAUAACACUUAUUGUACACAAAUGGCUUUCUUUUUUAAAUCAACAGAAGACCAAGAGGCAUUAUUAACCAGCAUUGUAAAGGAAAACUUGAAAAUUAGUAUAAAGGAUUCCAAUUGUUGUGAAGAGUCAUUAAAUGGUGCAGGGAUUACAAAGAGUGCAGAUGCUUCUGUUAUAAGAGAGGAUUCAUAUAAAAUAAUAACUGAAUUUGAUUACCCUGUUGACAGUCGUACCCAAGAGGAAAAGGACCAAGCCUACACUUUGGCUAGAUUUUAUUCACUAAUAAACUACCUCCGAAUGGGUGAACGAGGUAAUGUUUCACACUUGGACUCGGAAGGGAUAACUGAAGAGGACACAGAAAAUAAAUGUACAGAUAGACUGAUCAUUUCCUUUAAAAAUUGUCCUCAAGAAACAUCAGCUUUUGCUGAGGAUAUUGAUCAUGCAGUAGAUGAACAUAUAUUCUUUUCUUCAGAAUAUGUUAAAAGCGAGGAAGCAAUCAAUCAGAAAAAAAGGACUGACAAUGAAUAUGUUUUUUACAUAGUGGAUCACAAGUAUGCAGUAAUUCCUUUGGCAUCCCUCUCAAUAUGGGUGAACAUCAAAGCUGACCACAAGAUAUCGCACCGUCUUAUCAGAAAUACAGUGGCAGAUGACUGUUUUGAGACUAUUGGUAGUGGUGAAGACUGGCAAGGCAAGGUACAGCUUUGUCAUGAUAGUACCUAUACUUCUUCAGAUGAAUCUGGUGAAGACUGUGUACAAGAUGAUGACAGGUACCAAGAAGGAUGGCUUGCUGGUGCUGAAUGCAUGGGUUGGAGUGAACCUGUCAUUGAUUAUAGUGACAAUGUAAACACUACAGUUAAUCCUCAGGAUAAGGAUUGGGACUGGGACGUACCAGAUGUACCCGAGGACCCAAGAUGGAAUUAACUGUCAAAUAGCGUGAAAAUUAUUGUUGAGUAAAAAGUAGAAACCCUGAUCUCUGUGUGUCAAAGAUAACUUUUUUCCAGAAUGAUUGUGUUUUAGUUCUUAUGGCAAUUUAAGUUCAUAUAAAAAUAAGUUUCUUUACAAAGUAAGGCCUGUGAUUAUAUCACUGUAAUUCAUAAAAUGAUAGAAAGAUAAAUACUGUAAACUAUAAAGUAUAGUGUAGUUUGAAAAAUAAAACUUUCAUUACCACAUAGGGGUAUUGUAUAAAAUAAAAACACAUGAAAUCAUGAGUUAUCAAGUACAGGUAAUAAUUUUU